AUGGGUGUGCCUGCAUCCAUCGCUGCAUUCCCUGUCGAGCCAACGCCGAGCGAAUGGAAUGCUUGGAAUCACUGGGCUGAGAACCGCUACAACAAGAUGAUGAAGCACUUGGACAACUUCACUGAAACCCACAAAGAAACUCCGAAACCGACUUUUAAGAAAAUGUAUAGCGAUGAGGUGGCACGGAUCCGGAAAAAAAUAUCACCCCCACCUUUCACUCCUGCACCUGAUGUUUUCAACAGCAAUAUCAACAUUCCGAUCAAUGUGAAGAAAGCGUGUGAACAGGACAUCCAACUUGCUGGAUUCGCGUCUCCUUGGAAUGCAACACUCGGAUCAAUCUUGAUGAAACACUACUACAAAUGGGCGAAGUCACAGCCAGGGACAAUUUGGGAGGAUGUUUCGUCUAUGGAGAAGAUAUUGGAUCGUUGGAUCCGGGGGAAAGGGAGAGAGAUGAAAAAGGGAAAUGUCGUUGGAGAAAAAUCAGCUGAGGAAUUAAGAGCUGAGAAGGGUAAAAAAACUGCAAUCACCCGAAUGAAAACAAAAAUUGCAAAUCGAAGACGAGAUGUAGCCAUGAAGAAAAUGGGAAAUAAGCCGUCGCUUGCCCUUUUAUUCAAGAAUGACACGGUCUCUGAUUGGGAGGACCAGCCCCCACCGUCGAAACCCAACCGUCUCAUCCCAUCCUGGAGGAGUUCAUCAUUCACCUCCUGUGCACACAAACUAGAUGAGAUUGCCUUCACCAUGUCAAAGACCAUGAAUGAAAUCAAGAGCGCCCACAAACUGCUCGACCGCAAUACCGAAGGGUUCCGUCGAAUCGAAAUUGAAUUCAGUCAAGUCCCUCGAAAGCUUCCCUCAGAUGCAUAUGAUGUUUCAUUCCUUGAAACUCUAUCAAUUGUUCAAAGGGAGCACCUUGACGCACGAGAUCCAAUUGAUUUGGUGGCAAAGGAGAGACUUUUGAACGAGAUGACGAUGAAGGGUGGAUUUGCAGCUUCCAGAAGUGCUAGAGGAAGCAUAGGAGAUCUUGGAUUUGGGGGAUUGCAAGGCCCCAGUGGUUCGAGUUGA